UCACUCUCAAAGCCAGUCUGCCAUUCCUCCUUCUCUCUACAGGGAUGGCGAGACCCCUUCUCCUGUGCUGCCUUGUGUGGGCAGCCAUAUUUUCCAUGACAGCAGGACAAUCACCCAACUUCCUGGUUGUGGCCCCCCGAUUGAUGCAUGUGGGGGUUGAAGAAACAGUCUGGGUGCAGCUUGAGUGGCCACCAGGAUCAAAGCAAUCCCCUGGUGAUGUCAAAGUUGAGAUCUUCCUCCGGAAUCAGAUUACUACACAGAGUUGUUCAAAAAAUGAGAUCAUCAUGCUGAACAACCGGAAUGAUUUCACAGCUUCAAAAACCCUGCAGCUCACCCCUCAGCUGCUGAAUACCUGCCAGUUGGACAAAAUGAAGAGUGACAGAUAUGUGCAGUUGGUUGCAAAAAUGGAAACUGUAUUUGGAAAAGAUGCAAAAGUGGUCAACAUCCCAGUGUCCUAUAAAAGAGGAUAUAUAUUUAUACAGACAGACAAAAGUAUCUAUACUCCAAAACAAAAAGUACAAGCUAGACUGUACACUUUAGAUCAUAUGAUGAGACCGACGGAGGAACUCGUCACUGUUGCAAUCACUAAUGCACAAGGUAUGAAAGUGAGGGGGAUCUCACUUCUUUCCAAGGGAGCAGUUGUGACGCUAUCUGCUCUUGAGAUUCCAGAUAUUGCAAAGUCUGGUGUCUGGAGAAUCUCUGCCUAUUUCAGCUCUGCCCCAGAAUCAAAUUUUACAGCUGAAUUUGAAGUGAAGAAGUACGUUCUCCCUAAUUUUGAAGUGAAGAUAAUUCCAGACAAGCCUUAUUUCCUGAUAUCCAGAAAUGAUUUUACUUUCACUGUGCAGGCCAGGUACGUUUAUGGGGAAAAUGUAAUUGGCACGGCCUAUGCACGUAUAGGCAUUAUAAAUAAAGAGGGACAGCGAACCAUGCUGACCGGUCUGGAGCAGCAAGUAAAGUUGAAAGAAGGAGAUGCGGUGAUGAAGAUAAAUAUGCCGGAAAUUGUAGCAAAAUCAAAGGAGCUCAAAGUGGCUUUAGAGGGUUAUACGCUAUACAUUGCAGCCAGUGUGGUAGAGUCAGCUUCCGGCAUUUUUGAAGAGAAGGAGCUCACCUCAGUUAAGAUUGUGACUUCUCCUUACAAGAUAAAUCUAUCCAAAACUAAAAGAUAUUUCACCCCUGGGAGCCCAACGCCAAUUGUGGUAGAGGUGUCUAACGUGGACGGUUCCUCUACAGGCGUUGUAAAUAUUGAAAUCUCUCAGCCAAAAGGUGAAAAGCAGAAGCUUAGAUCAGACAGCAGUGGAGUUUUGUCAUUUAAUAUAAACACAAGUGAUAAAGAUAAAACCUUGGAUAUUGAGGUUGCUGUAGUCGAUAAUCAGAAUUCUGCAGUUGAAAAAUUAAGCCUCAUUGCCUUUUCUUCUAAAAGUAACAGUUUUCUUCACAUGAGUGUUCCGUAUCAGGUUGUGAGCCCCGGGGAGGCGGUCAUGGUCUCAGUAUCGUUAGUCACAGCAAACCCCGAAAAUGUGAAGAAAAUACAUUACAUGGUACUGAACAAGGGUCAGAUUCUCUUCCUAAAGUCUAUGGCCAGAACUAACCUUAUGACUAUACAGAUCCCUGUGACCCCUUCCAUGAUUCCCUCCUUCCGUGUCAUUGCCUAUUAUUACCAGAGUUCUGAUAUCAUCGCCAACUCAGUUUGGGUGGACGUGACUGACGUUUGUGAGGGCAAGUUGGUGAUAAGAAAUAACGAAAAACGCGAGAUUCAGCCACGGGGACCCAUCAAACUGGAAGUGGAAACAGAUGAUGCCACCACAGUGGGUUUAGCCGCCGUAGAUACAGCCGUAUACGUUCUGAAUUCCAAGAACAAGUUGACACUAGACAAGAUGUUCAAAGCUAUGAAUGGUUAUGACUUGGGCUGCUCUCCAGGGGGAGGCAAGGAUUACAGCCAUGUGUUCACAGAUGCUGGACUGGCAUUCGUUUCCUCUGCUGGAUACAGUAACUUACAGGAUUAUGGAUGCAGAGUUCCAAAUCGUAAGAAAAGAUCAGAUGAAGCCAGUAAACUUGCACAGCAAAAAGUUCGCUCCUAUCCCACUGGGGAGCAGACUUGCUGUAAAGAUGGGAUGUCUCUUCUACCUAAAGGCAUGGCACGGGAUUGUAACAAGCGUGCUAGUCGUGUGCCAUCUCCUGCUUGCCGGAAUGCAUUCCUUAAUUGUUGUCUGUAUGCAGAGGAUCUACGCAAAACGUACAAACGUAAACCAUCUGGGGUUGCAAGAACUCAGGAAAAUGAAGGGGAUUUGGAUUUUGCUGAUGAAUCAUCCGUUCAGGUUCGUUCGGCUUUCCCUGAGAGCUGGCUAUGGAGGACGAUCACAGUGAACAAGAAGCACAGGGAAACCGUUUAUGUUCCGGACUCGAUCACGACAUGGGAGAUACAGGCUGUAGGCAUGUCUAAAGGAAAAGGUUUCUGUAUUGCUGAACCCAUCAAAGUAAGAGUGUUUCAGAGAUUUCACAUUCACAUGAGAGUGCCUUUCUCCAUAAAGAGAUUUGAACAACUUGAGCUCAGACCGGUUUUAUAUAAUUACGAUGAUAAGGAAAUAAAGGUGAAAGUUUACAUGGAGAAGGAAGACACGAUCUGCACACCUAGUCUCUAUGAAGAAGGUUCAGGAGGACAGAUUGUGACAGUGCCUGGAAACUCUGCCGUUUCUGUCCCAUUCACUGUAGUGCCCCUGGGAAAAUCCAACACCGUAAUUUCAGUGAUCGCCUUAGCAGGAAAUGGUGUCUCCGAUGGUGUGAAGAAGACACUACAGAUUGUGAGAGAAGGUGUCUCUGUUGUUGAAGAGAAAACUUAUCUCAUGGAUCCUAAAAACCCCGCUAGACGUUCUAUCUCAAUAGACGAACCUUUGCCUACAAACAUGAUCCCAGAUGAUACAUUCCGUUCCACCAUCAGAGUAACCAUUGACUCGGCUAUGAACACAAUAAACAACAGCCUUGACAUUGAAGGGAUAAGUCGCUUAAUCCGCGUCCCGAGGGGCUGCGCUGAACAAACCAUGAUUUUAACCGCACCAGGGGUGUAUGCACUCCGUUACCUGGAUCACACUGAGAAAUGGACAUUACUGUCACCUGAUCGUAAAGACCAAGGUCUGGCUGUUAUGAACCAAGGAAUAACAAGGGUAUUAGAGUUUAAGAAACCCGAUGGAUCUUAUGGAGCGUGGACGCACCGAGCUAGCAGCACUUGGCUUACUGCCUUCAUUGUAAAAGUGAUGUCGCUCAGCCGCAAGUACAUAGACAUUGAUGUGAAUGAACUACGCUUGUCUACGGACUAUCUAUGUACUAAGCAGAGAGACACCGGGGCCUUUGAAGAAAUCAUGCCAGUGAUUCACCAAGACAUGCAAGGUGGCGUUAGUGGUACCAAUGCUGAGGUGUCUCUCACAGCUUACGUUACUGUAUCUCUUUACCAUUCCUUGAGUGCUCUCUCUGACAGCACAAACGUAAAGACCAGUAUAAAUAAAGCGAUAGAAUACCUACGUACCAAACUGAAAUCCUUGACGGAACCAUAUCCCAUCGCUACCACUGCGUAUGCGCUCGCACUGACCUCUCAUGAUUCCGUUUUGAGAGACGAGGCCUACAUGAUCCUCAUGUCUCACCAACAAGGAGAUCCCAAGAAGAAUGAUAUGUAUUUUGGACCGAAAACUAGUGCCCUCGCUGUAGAGACCACGGCCUAUGCUCUGCUGACUGCUCUACUCCGUAAAGAUAUGCCCUCUGCCCAUAGGAUGUAUACCUGGCUAACAGAACAGCAGAAUUAUGGUGGGGGCUUCAAGUCAACCCAGGACACCGUGAUGGCCCUUGAAGCUCUCUCCGAAUACUGGAUUGUCACUAGCAGCGAAAAUGAGAAUUUUAUAGACGUGGAAAUAAACUCAUUAGAACGACAGGAUCGUAGGCAGAAAUUCCAUCUGCGGAAUGAGGACAGCAUUGAGGAAGAGAUGAAGUCAUUCGGAAAAAGCUUUGAAAUAAAAGUUACUGGCAAGGGAAAAGCAACUGUAACAGUGCUGAAGUCAUACAAUGCCAUGCAGACAGAGACAUCGACCUGUUCAAAACUGGGACUCGAGGUGACAUUGCAGGAAGUGGAUGGUAAUGCAGUGUUUGAAAGUACAGAGGACUAUGAAUAUGAGGACUAUGGGGAGCAGUUGGCGGAUGAGCCCAGGGAUAACAUCGAUUGGCAGGACAAGCGAACUAGAGCUCAGAGAGACCUCGCUUGGCACGACAUGCGUACAAGAGCACGGAGAGAGGCGUCUCAACCAAAAGCCAAUGACCCAAAGGUGUCCUACAAAGUGUGUUUGUGGAAAAAGCCAGACGCACAUGUUUCUGGAAUGGCUGUUGUUGAUAUUACAAUGCUAAGUGGUUUUGAACCCAACACACAGGAUCUAGAUAUGCUGAAAGGAAGCAACGAACGCUACAUCAGUCACUAUGAAAGCCACCCCGGGAGAGUUGUCCUGUAUUUUGACAAUGUCCCAGAUACUGUGGAAGACUGUGUGGUUUUUGAAGCCAUUCAGAAAGUUCGAAUUUCCCUCCUCCAGCCUUCGUCUGCCGUUGCUUAUGAUUUCUAUGAGCCAGAGACCCGAUGCACAGCUUUUUAUGCAGCACCCAAUAAACCACAAUUCAUUAGCACUCUAUGCACAGGGGAAGUUUGUCAGUGUGCAGAGGGUUCAUGCCCUGAAAAACGGUUUAUCCUGAUCAAGCGUGAAGAUAAAGUCCUAACGCUAACGGGUCGACAAAACUUUGCCUGCUAUGAUCCCAUAGUUAAGAAUGGUUACCGUGUGAAGGUGGAGGCCGUUACAGAAGAAGACGCGUUUAUAGUCUACAAAGCUAGGAUUGCGGAUGUUCUACAAAUCACCGGAGAUGAGGACAUUAAACCUGGUAGUAUUCGGUUAUUCUAUCAACGCAAAUCAUGCAAAAUGCGUUUGACGGAAGCAGACUAUCUGAUAAUGGGAAGAGAUGGAGAGACCAAGGACUCCGAGGGAAGAAUGCGAUACUUUCUGGAUAGCAAUUCUUGGGUAGAGGAGUUGCCCGGCCCACAAGUAUGCUCUGCAACCCGUUUCCGGAACCAAUGCUUAGAUUUGACAAGCUUUAUGGAGACCUAUAAAUCCAAUGGUUGCCAGGUGUAACCUGAACCUGUUUAUUGACAAAAAUCUGUUUAAAAUUCGAUUUAAAAAAAAUGCUGCUCCCAGUAUUCCAUCUGUACACAUCCACUGCUUGCGUUUUAUUUCUAUUAGUAUAAUAAACACACUGUGAAACUCA